GUCUCGACUAUUGCGCCCAUGGACGACUCGUCGAAGAAAGACAAGCAAGAAUCGUCCGCCGCCAUUUCGGAGACCAAAGACCAGAAACCGGACGUAGAUACCCAAACAUCGCUGGGACCACCUCCCCGACCGGCCGCGACAAGUGCGACCGACACUCCCGACUACUUCAAUUCCGUGCACAACCCUUUCUCCCUGGAGCCCAACCCUUUCGAGCAGUCGUUUAGCGGAGACGGCUCCGCUGAGACUCCUGGAAAGUCACUCCUGCCGCCGGUCGCCGCGCUCACUUCGCCGGCGCUGCCUGGAACCAGUUCGGCUGGUGGUUACAACUGGACCAACUCGCUGCGCUCGGGGCCCUUGAGCCCGGCUAUGCUGCCGGGCCCCACGGGAUCGAGUGACUACUUUGACAGCAUCAACCGAGGGUUCCCGACCCCGAACGAAUCGUCCCUCCGCACCGGUCUAACCCCCGGCGGCGGUGGUUCUAUGUUCCCGGCCCCCAGCCCCAAUUCCCAAGCUCUCCUGCAACAACUCCAAAGCGGCGGCGCGACUCCCUCGACGAUCGAGUUCCACCGCACUGCACUUGCCGCCAAGAAGAACAGUACGAAUGGUCCAACGUCUGGCCAGACCGAGCAAGAACAACCACCGAACACGACUAUGGAUGUGAAGGGCUCUCAGACCGCCAACGCGGACUCAUUUACCCACCACGAUGCGGCUGAUGCGGCCAACGGCUUGUUUAUGCUGGCAAAGGGUGGUCAGCAGAUGAACCAACCCGCCAUGAACGAACAGACGCGCACCUCGACGCGGCGCAUCUCGCACAAUGCGAACGGCAACAGCGGCCGUGAGAUGAGCGGCGAAUCGGACCAGAUGGAACCCGCGAAGCCUGCUCCCAAGGGCAAGGGCAAGAAGAACGCGCCCAAGGGUGCCACGAACAAUCGGCGCAAGGCCGAAGAGCCCGCGUCGAAAGGGCCCAACAAGAAGGCGAAGGUGGCCGAAUCGCAAUCGGAUGACAUGUCGGAUGAGGAGGACGAGGAUAUGAAGAUGGAUGGCCCGAUGGACCCGAAGAAGAUGACCGAUGAAGAGAAGAGGCGCAACUUCUUGGAGCGCAAUCGUGUCGCGGCUCUGAAGUGUCGUCAACGGAAGAAGCAAUGGCUGGCCAAUCUCCAGGCCAAGGUCGAGCUCUUUACCACGGAGAAUGAUGCGCUCACCGCAACAGUGACCCAGCUCCGCGAGGAAAUUGUCAACCUCAAAACGCUGCUGCUGGCGCAUAAGGACUGCCCGGUCUCCCAGGCCCAGGGUCUAGGCCCGCUCAUGAUGAACGGCAUGUCGACUGGAUAUGAUCAUCAUCAUGCCUACAACAUGCCCAACAAUAUGGGCAUGCAGCACGGUGGGCCGAUCCCAGCCCAGGGCAUGCGCCGGUAA